UCUUGUGAAAAAGCUAGCCCACUAAUUCUCACUCUUCCCACUCAAUCAGCAACCUGUCUCCACACUAUUUCAAGCUGACGCUUUUUCUCCUCAGAAAAUAAGUUGAAAUCUGAAAAGCCCACAAAAUCAAAAACUUGAAAAAUGUGUAUAUAAUUCCAUUUGUCCACUGAUAUAGCCCUCAUCAUACCAUACAGUUCCACCAUCUCUUCACUUCAUACUGUUCCUUCACUUCAGUUCUUGAAAAUAUGAGAUUUCUUGGCAAUGAAGUUUCCAACCUAAGACUCGUAGAUUGUUCUCUUAGAAUGUUUGUUGUUCCUUUGAGUGUUGCAUCCAUAUGGCUAACUGUCACCAACCAGCAAGAUAACAACAUCUAUGGAAAAGUGGAGUACAGUAAUUUCAUUGGACUCAAGUACAUGGUUUGCAUCAGUGCAAUAUCUGCAGGAUAUGCCAUUUUUGCUGUUGCUUCCUCAUGGGUCAGAUGCCUAAUGACUAAAACAUGGCUUUUCUUUGUUUCAGAUCAGAUGCUAGCAUAUUUAACGGUGACAUCAAUGGCUGCAUCGGUGGAGUUUCUUUACUUGGCAUAUAAUGGGGAUCAAAAAGUGACAUGGAGUGAAGCCUGUGGUUCUUAUGGAAAGUUCUGCAAUAGAUUGAAAACAGCUUUGGCUCUUUAUGUUAUUGCAGUUUGUUGUUUCCUUGCAUUGGCUGUAAUCUCAGCUUAUAGGGUCUUUAGGAGAUUUGAGCCUCCUUUUGUUCCUUCUAAGGAAGCUGGGCAAGAAAGGACUUAAAAAGUUGUCCCUUCUGAGUGUACAUUUGCACGAUAUGAAUAUGAAUGUUACUACUCAUGUUCAGUAUUGAAAUAAGGUCUCUGUUAAAUAUAUGUUUGAUACGUUGGAUAGGACACGAGACAUGAUUGAGAAAGAGUCGAGUCUUCUUAGUUAUAAUGUUUUCUAGAUUAAUAUUGCAUUGACAUCCAAAUAAACGGCACCAUUGUA